GUUUGUCAAUCAAGUGUCACAGGGUACGUGACCUGCCAAUAUUUUUGACGAUACGAUUGAUAUUAUUUUUGUUUAUAAUGUUUAAAAAUACGUUUCAGAGCGGACUAUUAUCAAUAUUUUACAGUUGUGGAUCUAAUCCUCUUGCGAUAUGGGACAGCGAAGUCCAGAAUGGGCACAUCAAACGGCUCACCGACAACGAAGUCAAUUCCAUUGUCCUCGAAAUCGUAAGCACGAACGUCGCGACUACUUUCAUCACUUGCCCAAAGAACAACCAAGUUUUGGGAAUAAAACUACCUUUUCUUGUCAUAAUAGUGAAAAAUCUAAAACGGUAUUUCUCUUUCGAAAUAACUGUUCUCGAUGACAACAAUAUGCGGCGACGGUUCAGAAUAUCUAAUUUUCAGUCGACUACAAAAAUCAAACCGUUUUGUACGAGCAUGCCUAUCGGACUGUCGGGAGGAUGGAACCAGAUACAGUUUAAUUUGGCAGACUUUACAAAAAGAGCGUAUGGUACGCAGUUUAUUGAAACGCUCCGUGUCCAAGUGCAUGCCAAUGCUCGAUUGCGCAGGAUUUAUUUCAGCGACCGCUUGUAUACUGAAGAAGAGUUGCCACAGGAUUACAAACUGUAUUUGCCGUUAGAGAGGAAACAGAAGAAAGAUAAAAAAGAUGCGAAAGAAGCGGCGGCUCCGGCUCCUGCCGCAGCCCCUGCCUCUGUCCCGGCUGAAGUUACACCAAUCCCCGAAGCGCCUACACCUGAACCUGAAGCGCCUAAAUCUGAAGCUCCUCCUACACCGACCGAAACGCAGCCUGAAGCUGCACCAGAGCUACCAGCCGAGGCUCCGGCUGCGGAGCCAGAACCCGCCGGAGAACCGGCAGAAACCCCAGCAGAGAGUGCUCCGGAAUCUACUGCGGGAACACCUUCCGAGCCCGCUUCAGAGCCUGCGGAGGUAACAGAAGGAGAGGAAUCUGCUGCUGAGACCCCUGCCACAGAGGAUUAAACGCUGCGUAAUAUUAUUUUUUAUAUUAGUUA